GUACACCGGCUGAUACGAGCUGCAAGCGUAAAGAAGGAACUGGUGAUUGUUGAGAUGUUGCUGAAAGGUGUGUUGAUGUUGUUGCUGGUAGUCUCAUCAUCAGAAGGGACGGGAACAUACUGGAAAGCCAUCAACCAUGUAUCCAACCUAAGGAAGAUCAAUCUGGAGAAGGAAAUGUCGUUUUCUGCACUUGAAAUGUUGAAUGAGAGCUUCAACUUCAAGGCCUAUUUAGAGAAAUUUAUUGUACAAAGUUUUACAGACUCUGCAGAAAGUCUACCUGUCUCUCGGAUUUGUCUACAGCAUCUGAACGCAACACUGCGUGCAGUAACGGUGUACCAGGAGAGAUGGGCAUUGAGCAUGCUGGAUGCUAUUGGAAAGCUUCCAAAUGGCAUCUUGAAUGGCAACAUCCUGUUGAUGGGGGACUAUGAGGAGUGUGUGAACGUGACCGCCACGCUGUAUGACGGGCCCAACAGGACUCACCCCACCCACCCCUUCAAGGGACGGUACUGCACAACUGGCAUUCCUACUGGACCUCCAGUAUUUGUACCAGGAGAUGUUGGGUCCAACACCAUUCCGGUCAAUGACAUAAGGCUGGGAUUGUGUGUGCCAAGCACCUGCUGCGAAAAGGACAUUACUGCCCUCAUCAACUACACAUUGGCACUGAUACCUGGCAACUCGCGAUUACAGGCAAAUAUCACAGUUUGUCAGAAAGACAGCCUGCCAUGGGAUACUAAAGCUAUAGCUGCCAUGGUUUUCUGUGGCGUCCUGUCUGUUGUCGUUCUCCUUGGCACACUGUACGACAUGCUGGUGCUGCAUGAGCUCCAUAGGUACUGCUCUGUGUCCAAGAUCGAGGACGGGGAGGAGGUCACCAAGCUGCUGGCCGAGGGAAAUAGCGACAGUGGUGAUAGCUACGGCACUCACAACAAGACACAUGUGCAAAAUGCCACAGAACCUGGUCUAGGUGCUCGUAUACUGGUGUCAUUCUCCUUGUACACCAAUGCAUCCAAGCUGCUGAGUACACGCAGUCAGGCCGGCAACCUUGGCUGUGUCAACGGGAUCCGCUUUUUCAGCAUUUCCUGGGUUAUACUGGGACAUUCCUACGCGUUCUCGCUUUAUCAGUCAAGAAAUGUGUUUCCAUUCAUCUCAAGUCAGCUUCAGACCUGGAGUUUCAUGGCUGUUGUCAACGCAACAGUCGCCGUUGAUACUUUCUUCUUACUCAGUGGUUUGUUGGUCUCCUAUCUUGGACUGAAGCAGCUCAACAGAGUGGGUGGGGUAAGGAAUCUCAACUGGGCAAUGUUCUACUUCCACAGAUUCUGGAGGUUGACCCCAGCUUAUGGUCUCUUCAUAUUCCUGUAUGUGUCACUGACACGGUACUAUGGCAACGGUCCCUUUUGGCCCCAAGGGGGGUCAGAGUACAAAGAAUGUCAAGGCUGGUGGAUGAAUCUGCUCUACAUUAACAACUUCUUCAAGCCUGAAAAAACUUGUGUCUUAUGGAGCUGGUACCUGGCCAAUGACAUGCAGUUCUACAUGGUCAGCCCUCUCAUGCUCAUACCUCUAUACAUCUCAGGUGUAUAUGGUCUGAUGUCUUGUCUGGCAUUCCUGACCAUCUGCUUGGUGUCUACUGGGGCCAUCUCUACCAUCGAAAAUCUGCCCAUGGGUCUCAUUGAGGGCAUCAAUCUUCCUAGUGCAAAUACUCAGAAUUCAUCUGACAACGGGAAUAAUGGUAUUAGUGACUAUUUUGAUGACUACUACAUCAAACCGUACACCCGUAUUGGACCAUAUGUGAUUGGCAUGUUGCUGGGGUAUUGGCUGUACAAGACUAAUGGAAAGAAGCACAUGAAAUUGGUUGCAGUUUUACUUGGAUGGUUGCUUGCUGCAAUAUGCUGUCUGUCAGUGCUCUACGGUAACUUUACCACUAUCAGUGGCAGGCACAUGCCCUCCAAACAUGAGGUGGCCCUGUACAACUCUGUCCACUCCACUGUGUGGGCCCUGGGAGUUGCCUGGGUCAUAUACGCCUGCUGUACAGGAAAUGGAGGUUUUGUAAACAAACUGCUGUCCUGGUCUCUGUUCAUUCCGCUCAGUAGACUCACCUACCUGGUGUACCUUGUCCAUCCUGUCUUCAUGCAGAUCUACACGGAAUCACUGCGCCAGUCUAUUUACCUGACUGAGUUUGAUGUGGUCUAUAUGUUCCUGGGUCACCUUGUGUUAGCACACGCAUGUGCAUUUGUCCUCACGCUGGCAAUAGAGGCACCCUUCAUUGGGCUGGAGAAGGCCCUUCUUGGACAAGGUCGAAGGCACUGAGGUGGCAGUUGCCAGGAUAUAAUUAUAACUCAUUAGUAGAGUUUCAUGUUAAUUACCAUAAAAGCCGAAAAUGUCUUAUGUUUCACAGAGCAAGGCUUUUUAUGUCCCCCACUAUAGUAGUGGGGGACAUAUUGUUUUUGCCCUGUCUUUCUGUUGGUCCGUUGGUCUGUUGGUCUGUUUGCGCCAUUUUUAACAUUUUGCAAUAACUUUUGCUAUAUUGAAGAUAGCAACUUCAUAUUUGGCAUGCAUAUGUAUCUUAUGAAGCUGCACAUUUUGAGUGGUGAAAGGUCAAGGUCAUCCUUCAAGGUCAGAGGUCAAAUAUAUGUGGCCAAAAUCGCUCAUUUUAUGAAUACUUUUGCAAUAUUGAAGAUAGCAACUUGAUAUUUGGAAUGCAUGUGUAUCUCAUGGAGCUGCACAUUUUGAGUGGUGAAAGGUCAAGGUCAUCCUUCAAGGUCAGAGGUCAAUUAUAUGUGGCCAAAAUCGCUCAUUUUAUGAAUACUUUUGCAAUAUUGAAGAUAGCAACUUGAUAUUUGGCAUGCAUGUGCAUCUCAUGGAGCUGCUCAUUUUGAGUGGUGAAAGGUCAAGGUCAUCCUUCAAGGUCAGAGGUCAAAUAUAUGUGGCCCAAAUCGCUUAUUUUAUUAAUACUUUUGCAAUAUUGAAGAUAGCAACUUGAUAUUUGGCGUGCAUGUGUAUCUCAUGGAGCUGCACAUUUUGAG